GUGUUCUGAUAACAACAACAGAGCCAGCAAGAAAAAAACGCAAAACGUCAACUAAAACCAUAUGUAAAAAUAGCCGCGUAAUACGAUCGUACAAUACGCACCGCGAUCGUCCUAAUUGUUUCCCAUCGCCCGCCCUCCCACCAAUCCUUGUUUUUAUCUAUCGCCUAAUGGCAUAUCCAAAAUUGUGCAUGUGUGUGUGUAAGUGUGCAAGAAACAGUUUAAUGUGUUGAUGGCGUAUGAUAGAAUGUCCAACGCCGAAACCCCGUUUCCGAUACCGUACUCAUCUGAUUGUGUGAGUAAAGCAUCGAAACAAGUGUUAAACAACAGUGAACAUUACUAAAGUUACAGCAACGAUGUCAACCGAACCGGAUACUAAGCGACCCAAGCUGAUGGUAGAAAGUGUUGAACCACCGUCCAAAAUACGAUCGAUUCUGGGGGACGAAUUUACGCAACCAACACCAGUGAUCGAGGUUUACAUCGGGCGUGUGGCAGAAAAUCGACAGCUCUCCCAGCUGGUACCGGCCCUGGCACGCAUUCUUCCCAUCGGUACGCUGCAGCAUCUGAAGCGAGUGAAUCGCGAUGGAACGAUCAUCUUGGCGCCGGUUGCUCAGUUGCUGGAGAAGCUACCGGUAGAGUCUGCGGUGUGUGAAGAGGGGCAAGCAAAUUCUAUCGAAUCACGCCUCUCAAGGUUCCUGCUCUCCGAAGGCAUUGAUCGUACCAUUGUCGAUGGACUUUGCGAGCAGCGGUUGAAGGUCAUGCCGGUGCCCGCCACCCAGCCACUGCUCCGGUGGCAGUAUGAGGCAGCAAAUAAGCUCUGGCCGUGCAAAUUCCAUCCCAAUCGGCACCACGAAGCACUGUACGCGGACACGCUGUUCGGGGCGCAGGAAGCCGUGGCCCACCGCAGGUUCAUGGAGAUCUGUCUGCAGCUGUCGGCGCACUACGAAAGCCGACCGUUCGGGGUGUGCGUUCAUCCUCGGCCUGCUGGCAGCCGAAUAGUGGCCAUCGCUGGGGGUAACAGCGACCGUCAUCCGAUCUGGCACUGCCCAAUGGUGCUGAUCGAUAUGGUUGCCGUAUCGCAGAACGGGGGCAUAUGGCACCGAAAGCAGGACGACGAGCAAAGCGAUGCCAUGCCGGUGGAGGACGGGUUCCAACUCGGUGGAAUUGACCCACAGUAUAGGCGCUUCGUUCGCGAGCGCUACGGUGACACGGUUUGCCUUGGUGCGGAACCGACGCGAACCGGAACGGCAGCAGAAGUAGAAGCGGCAGUCGCUGCGGACGAUAAUCUUGCCAAAUACGGCCCCUAUCUCUGCACCGGGUAUGACGUGUACCUGACGCACGAACCCUGCAUAAUGUGCGCGAUGGCCCUGGUGCACAGCCGCGUUCGGCGCGUAUUCUUUCACCGGCCGACACCGGGACGCGGUGCACUGGGGACGCUGGUGAAGCUGCACACAGUGAAGGAGCUGAACCAUCACUACGAGGUGUUCCGGAUUGUUUAAUGGGUCUGAUACCGCGGGACCAGAAAUUGGCAGAAAAAUACACAAAGAGGAAAUAAAGAAAGAAAGAAGAAAAAAACAGAA